CUCUCUCUCUCUCUCUUUCUCUCUCUCUCUCUCUCUCUCUCUCUCUCUCUCUCUCUCUCUCUCUCUCUCUCUCUCUCUCGCUCUCUCUCGCUCUCUCUCGCUCUCUCUCUCUCUCUCUCUCUCUCUCUCUCUCUCUCUCUCUCUCUCGCGCGCGCGCGGCUGAAGCAAGGACGCACAUCCAUGUGGAGUGGUCCGCGGAGGUUUUCUCCAGUUUCCUGCGGACAGUGUGGAAAAUGUUCCAUUUCCUGAAUAUUUGAGGAGUGACGACAACUUUCUGUCUGAAGAGGGGAGGAAAGGGGGAUGCAAACAGUUUUGUGUGCAGCCUGGAGCAGCAGCGGCACCGGGCGCGCGACGGAGACGGAGCGAUGUUGCCAGCGGAGAUGCUGACAUUCCUGCCCGCGGAUGGUGCAGCUCGGUCGGGCUGCUCGCGGAGCCUAUGGACGGCUGUGAUUGGACCGGACACGGACUGGGGCUGACUGGUUUUGUUUGAGGGGAAAUGUUGAAGGGAUCAUGAGUUCCUGGCAAGGCUUGGAGGUGCCAGUGUUUAACGAGCAACCUGUUUCCAAAGAGGACAACAUGAGGAUUUGUCUUUCCAGGAUUUCAAAAACAAAACCCUAAGGCGCUCUUUUCACCAGAAAUAGAAAUGUAAACGUUUUCUGCCUUUUUGACACGUAUUUAAAGAUCAAAUUAAUGUUUUGCACUAAAGUUUUAAACACAAUGGAUUUAAAACACCAGACUUUUACUCUGAAGUCCCAGCUUCCCCUGAUGGAACAUUACAGCAACUAUUUCAGAUAAGAUUUUUUUUAAACUAUAAAAUGUACUGAUGCCAUGCAACAUGGCUUGGAUGUGGGUUGUAUGCUUUUUACUGCCGCUCUUUGCCCCGGGGACGGCUUUCUCGGGGGUCUUCAACGCCACAGACAGAGACGUUUUCACGGAUGACUUGCUCCAGGUCAAGCUCAUACAAGACAGAGGAGUGACUGAGCAGUGGAAGCACCGCUCUGCUGAUUCCCAUCCCAACCUGUAUUUUAACCAAGUGGAUGUCUUGCACUUGAGGCAAAGGUCCUCCACCACCCACGGUCACAUUUUUAAAGUCAUCCGGGCAGCUGUUAUCACCAUGUUGUCCAAUGUCCCCUUUUACAUGCCUCCUGUGAAACACGAGGAGUUUACAAGCAAGUGGAACGAAAUUUAUGGGAACAACCUGCCCCCGCUGGCUCUCUACUGCCUGCUGUGCCCCGAGGACUCCGCUGCCCUGCAGUUUCUUAUAAAGUUUAUGGAUAGGAUGGCUGACUACCCGGACUGGAAGGUGACCAGUGCGCCGAACGAUGAAGUCCCCAUGGCACACUCUCUAACUGGGUUUGCCACUGCUUAUGACUUUAUUUACUCCUUCUUGGAUGAGCACAGGAAGGAUAUUUACCUCAAGAAAAUUCAUUCAGAGACAGAAGCACUUUAUGAGCUUUCAAAGUACAGAGCAUGGGGGAAACAGUACCUCCAAAAUCAUCAAACCACUAAUAUUUUGGCUGUUCUGACUGGUGCGAUAGUUGUGGGUUCACACAAUUACCCAGAGUCAAUGAUAUGGAAACAAGUAGCAGUGAACUACAUGGAGAAAACGAUGUUUCUGCUGAACCAUGUGGUCGAUGGGUCUUUGGAUGAGGGAGUAGCCUACGGAAGCUACACGGCUAAAUCCAUCAUGCAGUAUGUCUUUUUAGCCCAGCGCCAUUUCAAUAUCAAUAACGUGCAAAACAACUGGCUGCAAGGGCACUUCUGGUUUUAUUACGCCACUCUCCUGCCAGGAUUUCAGAGAACGAUUGGCAUUGCAGACUCCAACUAUAACUGGUUCUACGGUCCAGAGAGCCAGCUCGUUUUCCUCGACACAUUCGUCAUGAAGAAUGGGACAGGGAAUUGGCUGGCUCAACAGAUUAGAAAGCACAGGCCAAAGGAUGGUCCCAUGGGGCAGUCUUCUGCCCAGCGCUGGGCCACAUUACACACCGAGUACAUCUGGUUCGACUCCCACCUCACGCCACAACCUCCACAUGACUUUGGCAAAGCAAGGAUGCAUAUUUUUUCUAACUGGGGGGUGGUUACUUUUGGAGCAGGGCUUCCCAGUGGCCAAAAUAAUACUUUUGUGUCCUUUAAGUCCGGCAGGCUGGGUGGGCGAGCAGUUUAUGACAUUGUUCAUGACAAGCCUUACUCCUGGGUGGAUGGCUGGAACAGCUUUAACCCCGGCCAUGAGCAUCCAGAUCAGAACUCUUUCACAUUUGCCCCUAACGGACAAGUGUUUGUGUCUGAAGCACUUUAUGGUCCAAAAUACAGCUAUUUAAACAACGUACUGGUGUUUAGUCCGUCUCCAACUAGCCAGUGUAACAGUCCUUGGGAGGGUCAAUUGGGGGAAUGCGCCAAGUGGUUGCGUUGGACCGACGAAGGCGUGGGGGAUGCCAGAGGUGAAGUGAUUGUUGCUUCUUCACAUGGGGACACUAUGUUUGUGAGUGGAGAAGCCGUGUCAGCGUAUUCCCCUGCCAUGAAGUUAAAGAGCGUUUUCAGAGCCCUGGUUCUGCUCAACUCACAGACUCUUUUAGUGCUCGACCAUGUGGAGAAGCGGGACAAUUCGCCCGUGGCGUCUCUCAGUGCCUUUUUUCACAAUCUUGACAUCGACUUCAAAUACGUCCCCUUCAGAUUUAUGGACAGGUUCAAUGGCGCGAUGAUGGAUGUGUGGGAUGCUCAUUAUAAAAUGUUUUGGUUUGACAGCCGGGGUCACAGUCCUGAUACCAGGAUACAGGAAGCCGAGCAGGCGGCAGAGUUUAAAAAGAGGUGGACUCAGUACGUCAAUGUCACUUUUCAGAUGACAAGCUCAGUCAGCAGGGUGGCUUACGUGUUGCAUGGGCCGUAUGUUAAGGUGUCUAACUGUAGAUUUAUAGAGAGCAGCAAAAAUGGGGUGAGACUUUCGUUAACCAUAAAUAACACAGAGAAGAUUGUCUCAGUAGUUACAAACUAUAAAGACAUCGGGGCAAGGUCGGCUUUUAUCGGAUUUGGUGGUCACUGUAAAAUCGAGGAUAGAUAUCAGAUCAUUAGGUUCGGCCUCGGAUCACAACUCAUCCCUAAACAAAUUACCAGUGAUAGUCAGCUGUUUGACAUUGGCUUCACAGUUAAUGUGGUGGCAGGGGUUGUCCUCUGCGUGGCCAUCGGAUUUUUGACCAUGCAGAGAAAGUUUUAUGUGUGCUUCAGCAGGCUGAUGCGCUACGCCCUACUCUCUGUGCUCAUUCUCUGGAUAGUCGAGCUGCUGUUUUUAUCCAACAGCUGCGAUCAGCUCCUCUGUGGGGUAAAAUGGAAAGGCGCUGAUGCCAAAAGUGAAAUAAACAAACAAAUCAGGUUGUAUGAGCUGCAACGUCUCCCCCUCCCUACCGUUGUUUUAACAUCCCUACCCGGAUCGGGGUCAGAAAUACUCAAGCACCUUUUCUACAAUAACUCGGACUUUGUCUACAUAAGGGUUCCGACAGAACACGUGGACAUUCCUGAGACAGAGUUUGAGUUUGACUCUCUCGUUGACAGCUGUGAGUGGUCGAGGACAGAUGCUGCACAUGGCCGGUUUAAGAUUAUUCAGGGCUGGCUGCAUUCUCUGGUGCACAACACAAAAUUGCAUUUGCAAAAUAUUCAGCUUGUAGAGGGCAGCAGGGUCAGACAGCUCCAGAGAGUCAACCCAUCUAGAGACAGAAAGAAAAGAUCCAGGCGAAAAGAACAACCUGCAUCUGAGCUGAAGGGCAAACUGAGGACCAGCCUGGACAGGGACGCUGAGUACAUACGGGAGAUGAAACGCCAUGUUGCAGAGUACCCUAACGCUCGGGUGGUCCUCAACAUGCGGAGUGGAAGUUGGACACUAAAGCUUCCUUAUAUUCAGGAAGUGGUGGGCCCUUCUCUGAGGACGAUCUUUUUGGUUCGAGACCCUCGUGCGUGGAUUUAUCUCAUGGUUUAUAACAGUAAACCUAGCCUUUACUCACUGAAAAACAUCCCACAGCACCUUUCCUUGAUGUUCAAGGAGGAUUCUGGCUGUCCAGCUGUUGCCUCAGAGUUUAAAAUCAUCCAGCGGCUGCUGUCCCGUUCCGAGACAAACCCUGUUCUGAUUCUGGCUUAUCUGUGGCUUGCUCACACAGCGGCAGCUCUCCGGGUCACUGUGAGUCUCCCAGAGGAAUCGUACCUCCAGGUGAGGUUUGAGGAUGUCGUCAGCUUCCCUCAGGAGACGGCAGAGACCAUACACACUUUCCUGGGGGUGCCUGUGUCACCCGCAGCUCUCAAUCAGCUUAUAUUCACCACCUCCACGAACCUGUACAACCUCAUGUACGAGGGGGACAUCUCACCAGCCACCAUCAACGUCUGGAGGCAGAAAAUGCCUCGUAAGGAUGUCAGACUGAUAGAGGACAUAUGUGGAGGGGUGUUGAAGAGGUUGGGUUAUCCCAGGUCUGCCAGUUAACUGAUGCUUAGAGAGAGAGCUGUCCAGUUUACUGUAGCUGCCAGUCAGACAUUUUUUCUUUUGCACUGAUAUUCAUUUUUUAAAAACAGCUGAGGAACUUCUGUCGGCGUCCACGUGUUUGCUCUCAGUGGGGGGUGUUUACGGACGUCUGCGAGGGAAGAAUACUUAAUUUUCAAAAGUUGGUGGGAGAGAGCUUACGCUGUUUACCCCCCAGCGGAUGCUCGUGUUUACCCAUAGCGCUCGUCCGUCGAGUCCGACAUGCAGUGGAUUAUCACUCAACUUCAGGAUAAAUGUCGUAGAUUAUUUACUGUUUUAGUUCAAGAUUUUCCACUGCGACUUUGUGGUGUCAAAGAAAUGUUUGUGCAUAUUUCAUGUUGGUAUUUAUUCACCGUUUUCCUAUUUUGUUUCUCGCCUGGAGAUUAUUUACCAAAAAAAUGUGGUGUAAGAUGUUUUAGAUCAGUUUUACUAUCAAACCUUGUAAUUUUUCCCUUUAAAUUGUAUGAAAAAAUGCUGCAAACCAAGGGAGAAAUGGGAAUUUAUUGAUAGAAACAAAUAUGAUAUGAUUGUAUUUUUAUUACAUGAGUAGACAGAUUUUAUUUUAAAGCUCUAAGAUGUCACGAUGUGGUUCAGCACUUUUGCAGGGACUCUUUAGACUGAUUGUAUACAGGAGUCUACAUUUUCUGAAGCUACUUUUUACUGUAAUGUCCUAAAUUAGCUUGGAAUGAAACCUCUGAAGAUAUAAGGUCUAGGAGAAUGUGCGUGAGAAGUAUUUAUGGGUUCCAAAGACACAUAUCCCAAAGGAUGGAGAAUGAAUAUGAUUAUUCUAAUGACUCCCUUUAGCAUUUAUUGAAUCAGAGGGAAGUGCUUAAUGGGGAUCAAACUAAAUAAAAAGGAGAGAAAACUGUCAGCCCUGGCACAUUUCUAGUCAAUGAAAUUUUAAAGCUUUCCCUUCAGCGACUCAUAUUAAUCUGCAAAAUGCAUAACUGAGGCUGUAUUUUAUUGUGGUGAAACCUUCUUUCUAAAGAACCAGAGGAAAUGCAAACAGCCCAAGUUUCCAGUUCCUGAAGCAUUCACCCAGUCAGCUGAUGGGUUUUAUUCAUAUUUUUAGUAAAGAGUAAAUCGGGCUCUGCAAUAAACACUGACUUAUGAGUAUAGCUUAAAAAAAGAGAAAGAGACCAUUUCUGCUCUGUGACGUUAAACAGUUGCUUUGAUGUCGUCUCACUUGAAGGGAUUUUUCAGUUAUUUUUGAAGUGUGUUUUUGUAAAAGUUAUAAAUAAUGACUCUUACCCGUUAUGGGUAGCUUCCUGAAUUUGGAGAAACAGAGUUUACAUUUGACAGGACUAAGCAACCAGCUCAUAUCAAUGCUAAAUCACAAACCUUUACGGUAGCAUCAAUGUUGCGGUUCGUUGUUGCUUAAGCUGAAUUAUAAGGUUAUUAAGAGAAAUUUGUAUCCGGAGACACCGGUGAAUCCAAAAGUCAUUGUCAGUGUAAAGGUUUAAAAAUAUAUUACUGCAUGAAAUGUUGUCACAUUUUGGACAUUAUAGCAGUUUACAGAAAAUAAUGAGCGUGCGAGUAGCGUUGACUCAAAUAGUACAGAUGUGCUUUCCGGAAAAAUUCCCAUCAUUGCUACCAUCGUAAAAGAGCCCCAGUCUCCUGAAUUUCACAUUGAUUUACUUUAGCAUGAUUUUACAGCAACACAAAUUUAGCACAUACAUAUUUUUUAAGCAUAAAUGUUAAAGGUGUGGUUCGCUGAAAAAUUAUUUUUUAUCAUUAUUUCUGAUUAUGAUCAGUCACUCAGAGUUUUUCAUGCAGGCUGAACAUGAAAACAGUCUCCUACACCUAUCUCCUGCAUUAGCUUCUGAUAGAAAAUAGACGUUGAAACUCUAGGAUUAGAAAAUCCUGACCGAUCUAUGUCACACUGUCACUUAACAUUCAUGGAGUCGCCCAUCUUGACUCGACGGGGAAGGCUGUUGUUGGUUUAGCGCUCAGGAAACAGCAAAGAAAAUCUUGGCUAGUAGAAGCUAACUGUUAGUAUUAGCAACUCCACCACACAGCAGAACUCCUCCAGGCUUGUGUUAUUUGUGGAGACAAAACAUCAACGUUGCUAAAGAAAACAGAGUUAGCAAUAGAGUUGUGUUGCUGUUAGCCAAUCAGGAGCGAGAUGUCCAAAUAUCAGGAAUUAAGACCAAAUCAGCUCAGCUGUGAUGUGACUCACUUUUACUUUCUGAAACAGGUACACUGGAGCAUUUCUUCCCCCGGAGUACAACUCACAAGCCAUUCAUUCCUACUAGAAAUCCCUGCAGAAGUAUUGAUUAAAUGAGUGAACCACACCUUUAGGAAGUUCAUACGGGACUCGAUCAAUAGAUGUUACGUUUUGUUGCUGCUGGUCUUAUUUGGAAUUGGACAAGCAGUUAACUCAUCAAUCCUGUUGGGCAUAGACUUUAUUUCCAGCUAAAUGUGUAAUAUUAUAGCUUACACAGAAACCCGUUUCAGAAUGGACGAGUUAUCCCUUUAAACAUUUUUGUUACUCUAAAACGAUCACGUGUAACAUGCAGAUGGUGAGCUCAUUUUUAGUUCCAUCCAUGAAUACAAAGGAACAAAAAUGGUAAUCGUUUAUUUGUUCUCGUGUGGACACAGGAACCCUCGGCUGGUUGGAAACCCCGUUUGAUGUUUGUGGUCUUUGAAUGUGUAAACUUGGCAGACAUGCUUUCACUUUGGUGUUGCAAUCCUGUUACCAACUCUGUUUUUGUAUUUGCUCGUGGGGAUAUGGUUCCUUGCUUCUGUGGCCUUGAAUUACAAUCAUUUCCUUAUAAAGUAUUGCUGUGGGUUCUGGCACAGGAGGUAGCGAUGAUGUUAAGAAAAAUAAUAAAUACACGAAUAUAUUCACAAUCA